AUGGCCAACACUGCGCAUCUGUUCCGCAGGCAGAGCUCCCGGGACCUGAUCCAGCAGGCGACCGUGCGCAGCUUGGAUGAGCUCGAGUUAAGGGAGCUACGUAGCCGGCUGGUGAGGACGGAGAACGGUUCGCAAAAUGUGGUGUAUGGUGCUACGAACCAGGCGUUCGUUAGUGAUGACGACCCACCGAUGGGGCGCAUACUGGACAUUGGACCAUCGACGGCUGGUCCGGCUACGAAGGAUGUCCGGAAGCUUGCCAUGCAGGCGUCGGUUGUGUCGCAACACCAGCAGCAAGAGGCAGCCAUCGUCGAGCGUCCGGAAGAUGAGCGAGAAAGCUGGGACAGCAAGUGGACGUUUCUGCUCGCCACGAUUGGAUACGCUGUUGGUUUAGGCAACGUAUGGCGCUUUCCCUACUUGGCGCAAAAGAAUGGUGGUGGCGCCUUUCUGGUGCCCUACUUCGUGAUGCUUCUUCUGCAGGGGUUACCCAUCUUCUACCUGGAGCUGGCGAUCGGUCAACGGCUGCGUAAGGGCGCGAUCGGUGUGUGGCAUGAGGUGUCGGCCUAUCUUGGCGGUAUCGGCAUCUCGUCCGCAUUCGUGAGCUACAUCGUGGCGCUCUACUACAACACCAUUAUCGCCUGGUGCCUGAUCUACCUGCUGCACAGCUUCGAAACGCCUCUACCAUGGGCCGAAUGCCCGAAGCGUCUGUUUAAGAACUUCACGUACGACAUUGAGCCUGAAUGCGUAGUGUCAUCGCCAACCAAGUACUACUGGUACCGUGAGACGCUGCAGGUUUCACCAAGCGUUGACGAUCCUGUGCAGAUCAACUACACUGUUGCACUUGCGCUUAUUACCGCCUGGUCGCUCGUGUACCUCUGCAUGGUACAGGGCAUCACCGAGUCUAGCAAGAUCGUCUACAUUACCGCCAUCUUUCCCUACGUUGUGCUCAUUAUAUUCUUUUUCCGUGGCAUUACGCUCAAAGGAGCAUCGGAUGGUAUCGCACAUCUCUUUACACCUCGAUGGGAAUCGAUCCUUGAACCGGUCGUGUGGCUGGAGGCUGGCACACAAAUUUUCUUCUCGCUUGGUUUGGCUUUUGGCGGUCUGAUUGCAUUCAGCUCUUACAAUCCUGCUAAUAAUAAUUGCUACCGGGAUGCACUCGUUGUGUCAAUAACCAAUUGCUCCACGUCUAUGUUCGCCGGUGUGGUUGUGUUUUCGGUGAUCGGAUUCAAGGCUACUUCCAUUUACGACAGUUGUGUUGAGGAACGAUCGGAAUUAAUACGUCAAAAUAAGUCACACGAUAUGUUACCGGUGUGCGAUCUGCAAAAGGAGCUUGAGAAUAGCGCAUCCGGUACGGGGCUGGCGUUCAUCAUUUUCACGGAAGCCAUCAAUCAAUUUCCCGCUGCACAGCUCUGGGCAGUGCUUUUCUUCCUGAUGCUGUUCACCCUUGGCAUUGACUCGCAAUUUGGCACACUGGAGGGCGUCAGCACGUCCCUGAUGGAUAUGAAGCUGUUCCCCAACGUCCCAAAGGAGAUGAUAACAGGGGGUCUGUGCUUUUCAUGCUGCAUAUUGUCACUGUGCUUUGCCAACGGCGCUGGAAGCUACAUUUUCCAGCUGAUGGACAGCUUUGCCGGCAGUUACACGUUACUAAUCAUUGCGUUCUUCGAGUGCAUCGGUGUUAGCUAUAUCUACGGGCUUAAGAGGUUUGCGGACGACAUUGAGCUGAUGACUGGUGCGCGACCGAGCUUGUACUGGAUGUUAUGCUGGAAGUAUAUUUCGCCGAUCGCAAUGAUCACGAUCCUGGUGGCUUCCUUCCUGGAGCUAGCCUCUGAAGGUAGUAGCUAUCCAGGAUGGAACGCGCUUACCGGCAGUACGGACAAGCUAGAGUGGCCCCACUGGUGCAUCGUGGUGGCGAUAAUGCUGAUACUCGUGUCCAUUCUCUGGAUUCCAGGUGUAGCCAUCUGUCGGUUAUGCGGCAUCAACGUGAUCGAGGACUCCGAACCGGCUUGGUUCCCGUCAGCGGAACUACGCGACGUACAUGGUAUCGUGCCUCACGAGCCAACCGACAUCGAAAUAUCUCUGUUCUGCAUACGCGCCGACGGUUCUGAGGGACUCUGCUGCCCGACCUACGGACCACGUGAGCAGCCACUUGACGAGGAAGAGUAAAGCGUGGAUGACUGUGGAAUUGUGCACCUACAGGAUGUAAAAAGAAACCAACGUCUCUCCUGCCCAUGAUUACGUAAAUUAGUGAACCAGAUCCGAGUACCAGCGAACCAUUAAAGUUUUUUUUUCUUCUCACAUUUCUCGUCUGAGACGUGCAAGCGGCUCGGGGACGUGUUUGAAGAAAUGCAACCACACCUACGCCCACACAAAUAUAUACACAUAUACAUAAUCUAGACACAGCUACUCAUAGCUUUAAUGGUUCGACAGUUGGAAAGCCAUCCUACGCCAUUUUAAGUAUGAAUGUUCGAAUUUAGUGUUUAAACGUAAAAGCAAGCAAGCCAAAUCUCAAACAAAAGCAGUAAAAAAAAUCAGAACAGUGCAAAACGUCUCCCGGAGGAGGGCGUAACUGACAAGACUUGAAGAUUAUACAAACAUCCAUCAUCAAUUAGCACUGUUAGUCCACCAUAUAGUCGCUAACCUACCGACUUUGGCAUAUCAAUGUGUUCCCAAUCGACGGUUAUUUAUUGUUGGGAUGUUCUUACCAUUACCAAAAAAAAAGGAACCUCUCGAGCUCCUACCCACGUUCGUACUAGUCCAUCUGUCGGGGGCUAGAGCCCUCCGUUAUAUAGAAAUCUGACAAUAACUGUUGCCUAUCGCUGGUGGAGGCAGCAGGGUUAGAUCCCUGUCCUUCAAAGGACGCGCUCAGACGUGCGGCCAGUGAAAGCAGAUCCGACAAUAAAGCGCAACCAUGACUAUACCAUGUUUAUCUAGUGGUGAAAGCCAAACAAAAAAAAAGGAAAAAACAAUACGAAUCUAAGAAUCUUGAUUGUUGAAUGCAAUAUACAUACUAUAUACAUACACACUCGUAGAUACCUAUAUCUGUACAUAUAAGUAAUUUAUAAUAAAGGAUGACGUUGUAGAGUGGGUAUAAGGUGUUGCUAAACAACAUGA